AUGGAUGCUGUACAAGUCCUCUCUACCGAUAUAAUCAAGGCACCAAAAUCCAGUGAUAAAAAAAUUGAUUUAACUCCAUGGGAUCUCCAAUUUCUGUAUACUCUAUCCAACAAAAAAGGUCUUCUUUAUCACCAUCCAUUAGUAGCAAACCAAAUCCAACAACUUAAACACUCUCUAUCCUCCGUCCUUGAAUUUUUCCAACCUCUUGCAGGUCGUCUCAAAAUAAUGGAACACAGAGAUAAUAUUAUCUCGUGUUCCGUUAUUUGCAACAAUGCAGGUGUUCUCUUUAUUCACGCGGCCGUGAAAAAUAUUUGGGUUGUUGAUAUCCUAGAAUCCAUCUAUGUUCCUUCAAUUGUUAGUUUAUUUUUCCCUUUUAUCGGAGUUAGUAACUAUGAAGGCACAUCACAACCAUUGUUGGCUAUUCAAGUCACGGAGCUAGUUGAUGGCAUCUUUAUUGGUUGCAAUGUCAAUCAUGUGGUUGUUGACGGAGAUUCCUUAUGGCAUUUCAUCAAUUCAUGGGCUGAAAUUUCACGUAAUUCUUGUCAUCGUCAAUUAUCCAAACUCCCAAUGCUCGAACGUUGGUUUCCUAAUGAUAUUCAACAUUCCAUACAAUUUUCUUUUACUAUGGAGGCACAAAAGAUUCACUCGGAUGGGUCAAGUUCUUCACCAUCAGACGAUGACGAAGAACUCAAUAUAUCAGAGAGAAUAUUUCAUUUCAAAAAGGAGAAAAUCUUGCAACUAAAAUCAAAAGUCAAUACACAUAUUGAUAGUACCAUCAAAAUAUCCUCUCUACAAGCGCUUUUAACACAUGUUUGGUGCUCCUUUGUUCGUUCCAAACAAUUUGAUCCACAUGAAGAAGUUCAUAACAGGUUUGCGAUAGGGGUUGGACCAAGAUUACAUCCACCAUUGCCAAAAGGUUAUUUUGGAAACACAAUUAUAACUUGCAUGGUUACCAUGAAAGCUGGAGAGUUGUUGAAGGAAGGUGGGGUUUGUGAUGGUGCUUGGGAGAUGAACAAGUUAAUUGCUUCAUAUUCUAAUGAGAAGAUAAAGAAUCACUACGAAUCUUGGUUGAAAAAUCCAAAUCUUAUUAGGUUUAACGACAUAGCGAAUAAUAAUUUCUUACUCAUAAGCAGUUCUCCACAUUUUGAUGUUUAUGAUAAUGAUUUUGGAUGGGGAAAGCCAGUGGCAGUUCGAAGUUCAAAUAAAGUAAAUGGACUUGUUAUUAGUGUGUUUGUUGGAGUAGAAGAAGGUAGCAUUGAUCUUCAACUAUGUCUUCCUUAUAAUAUUUUAGAGGCAAUGGGAAAUGACCUCGAUUUCACGAAUGUUGUGUCCAAGUGA